AGCUGGUGUGCUCCCAGAAACUUUGGUGUGUCUGUGUGUGCUGGAGAGGGGGGAGAGAGGGAGACCUAGCGCAAAGGAGAGGAAGGCAGGGGAGAGCAGGGAGCUCGCUUCACGCGCUGCUGAAGGCUGUCAGAAGCAGACCGUAGGAGCAGCUCGCUGGCUGGUGUGCAAUUUAAGGGACAACAUUCAUUGACUUUAUUCUUUGAAUUGCUGGAGGACAGAUAUGACAUCCGACUGCUGCUUCUAUAUGUUCUUGCUUAUCGGUACCAAGGUCAUCCGUGACUCUUUGGAAGAUCAUGUUUCCGGAGUGGAGGUCAGGUGUCCCCUGGGCUACUUUCCGUGUGGCAAUAUCACAAAGUGUUUGCCCCAACAGCUUCACUGCAAUGGUGAGGAUGACUGCGGGAAUCGGGCCGACGAAGACAACUGUGAAGACAACAAUGGAUGGUCUCUGCAAUUUGAUAAACAUUAUACAAAGGACAAAUACAACAAACUGAAAUCUCUGUAUGCAUUUCAGACAAAGACACCAGAGUGUUCGGCUGGUGCUGUGCCAGCAGAGUGUACCUGCCAAGGGCUGGAGAUCUUCUGCGACGCUGCCAAGCUGCGUGCUGUCCCGUCAGUCCCUUCAAACAUAACCAUAAUGUCUCUUCAGAGGAAUCUACUAAGGAAACUUUCUGCUGACAUUUUCAAGAAAUACCAAGACCUUAAGAAUCUGUACCUUCAGAAUAAUAAAAUCAGAGCUGUAUCUGAACGUGCUUUCAAAGGUUUAUACAACUUGACAAAACUAUACCUGAGCAACAACAAGAUAACCAGUUUGAAGCCUGGUGUCUUUGAAGAUCUACACAGGCUUGAAUGGCUGAUAAUUGAAAAUAACAGGAUAAAUCGAAUCUCCCCGUUGACGUUUUAUGGACUCAAGUCACUUAUCCUUCUAGAGAUGAUGAAUAAUUCUCUUGCUCGUUUGCCUGAAAAGCCUCUAUGCCAAUAUAUGCCACGACUAAACUGGCUAGACCUUGAAGGCAACCAUAUCCAUCAUAUAAGAAAUGUCACUUUCAUCUCCUGCCACACUCUAACUGUACUGGUGAUGAGACGAAAUAAAAUCAGCUCUUUAAAUGAAAACAGCUUUUCUUCUCUCCAGAUGUUAGAUGAAUUAGAUUUGGCUAGUAACAAGAUUGAAUCACUUUCUCCAUAUAUAUUUAAGGAUCUAAAGGAGCUUUCACAACUGAACCUUUCUUACAACCCAAUCAAGAAAAUACAAAUAGACCAGUUUGAUUUUCUAAUUAAACUUAAAUCCCUCAGCUUGGAGGGCAUCGAAAUUGCAAACAUCCACAGAAGAAUGUUUGAGCCCUUGAGAAACCUUUCCCACAUAUAUUUUAAGAAAUUCCAGUACUGUGGAUACGCCCCUCAUGUGCGCAGCUGCAAGCCCAAUACUGAUGGGAUUUCAUCCCUUGAGAAUCUUUUAGCUAGCAUCAUCCAGAGAGUCUUUGUCUGGGUGGUAUCUGCCAUCACCUGCUUUGGAAAUAUUUUUGUUAUCUGCAUGAGGCCUUACAUCAGAUCAGAGAAUAAGCUUCACGCCAUCUCAAUAAUGUCUCUCUGCUGUGCUGACUGUCUGAUGGGAAUAUAUUUAUUUGUGAUUGGAGCUUUUGAUCUUAAGUAUCGCGGAGAAUACAACAAGCACGCUCAGUUGUGGAUGGACAGUAUUCAUUGUCAAUUGGUGGGAUCGCUGGCUAUUCUGUCUACAGAGGUGUCAGUCUUACUGUUGACUUACCUGACUUUGGAAAAAUACAUCUGCAUAGUUUAUCCUUUUAGGUGUUUGAAGCCCAGAAAAUGCAGGACAAUUUCCAUUUUGAUUCUUAUCUGGAUAAUUGGGUUUGCUGUUGCUUUUAUCCCACUGAGCAAUAAGGAAUUUUUCAGGAACUACUAUGGCACCAACGGCGUCUGUUUUCCUCUUCACUCAGAACAAACAGAAAGUUCAGGAAGUCAGAUUUAUUCUGUCGUAAUAUUUUUAGGUGUAAACUUGGCAGCCUUUAUCAUCAUUGUGUUUUCCUAUGGCAGUAUGUUCUACAGUGUUCACCAAACAGCUAUUACAGCUACUGAAAUUCGGAAUCAUAUUAAAAAAGAGAUGAUCCUUGCUAAACGUUUUUUCUUCAUUGUGUUUACUGAUGCACUAUGUUGGAUACCCAUUUUUAUUUUGAAACUCCUUUCUCUACUCCAAGUGGAAAUACCAGGUACCAUAACUUCUUGGGUGGUGAUUUUUAUACUGCCAAUAAACAGCGCUUUGAAUCCUCUUCUCUACACUCUGACUACACGACCUUUCAAGGAAAUGAUUCACCAGGUUUGGUAUAAUUACAGACAGAGAAGAUCCAAAAGAGGUAAAGGCAAUCAGAAAACGUACGGUCCGUCAUUCAUUUGGGUAGAGAUGUGGCCAGUGCACGAAAUCACACCAAAGCUAACGAAGCCUGUGCUUUGUACAGACUCCUCUGACGCUUCGGUGACUACACAGUCAACGAGACUAAACUCAUGCACCUAAAUAAAUACAUUUUGAAUCUUCACGGUGGCAUCCGCACUGUUAGCUUCACAGCUGUGGGCUUGCUGCUUUACAGCAACGAGGAGAACUGAGGGAGGUACGUAUGACACCCGGGCUCACCUGACCCAAAGCAGGAGGAAGAGGGAGCAGCGUGUCUGUUUGCAGGUAGAACUGACACAAUCAUAAUUUUACCAACUCACAGCGGUACCUGGCAUUUUGACAACUUAUCCCAGAUCACGAUGAGAAGUCAGUUGUUUGAUUUUAUUUUUUUUUCCUCCCAGAAGCUAGGAGUGUGGGAAAAAAAAUGAGUUAUUAUUUAAAAUAUCUCACCCAGAAUGCAGAAUGUUUCAAAAUCAUCUGUCUUUGAGGGAAAAAAGGAUUUAUUUUUUUCAUUAAAUCUUUUUAAAAAAAAUUCUCCAUUUCGACAGUUGAAUUUUUUUAAAGAUUUAAUCGGUAUCCUCAUUAAGAAUUUUUUUUCCCUCCUUAAAAUUUCUGACUGGCUCUAUUUAGGCUGCAUCAGCUCUUAAAGUCUUUAGGGAGUAAGAGACUUAAGAAAAAUAUCUACAUUUCAUAAUUAGACCAGUUUAUUAUAUUUGUCAAAGUCAAGUAAGUGAAAAUUUUAUUCCUCUUAAAAAAUUACCAACUAUUCCACUCACAUAAAGACAAUCCUGAAAUUGUGAUGAUUGGUCUAUUCAGAUAGAACCAGAGAACUGCGGGGGGGAGAAGGGAAGGUUUUUUCCUCAAAAAACUGAGUGUCCCCCAGCUGUACCUGCUGGAAGUUUCCUCCUUCAGAAGAGCAUCCUUCCCUGGAAAGACCAGACUGAGUAUCCCAACUUGACACUGCUCUUUUCCUCACUGUUUCUUACUGGGCUCCCAUAAGUAGCUCCCCACAGCUUGCAGAAUUCAGCAAAUUUCAGUCAUAGGAUGUGUAUCUCUGUCCAUGGAAUAACGGGAGAUGACCAAAUAGAAGACUUAGUAUAUGUCAUGACACCUACAUUUUAAUCAUCUUGUACAUCUGACAAGAUGCAUUACAGUUAAAAUAGUUUAAGGAGCACAGCCACUCAGCACUUUUAGGGCAUUAUUUUACUUCCCAGUGUUACAAGGGUUAAAAAAAACACAAACAACUCAUCUGAAACAAUCUUCUAGAGAUACUUCCUUCACAUACACUUACCAAAGAGAAUCUUUUCCAUCAUGAAUUACUACAGCUUCCCUAGUUCUUUCAGUACUGUGCUCACAGACCGAUAGCCUGGGAGUCCACAAAGGUAAAAGAAAUACUUCUUUUGCAUUGAUGAUUUCAAGCUUUUUCAAAUGACGUUAAAAGACACUUCCAAUGUUUGCACUUAACUUCUUAACAGCGUAAGAAGUUGAAUUUAAAAAGUGUGACUCACACUUCAACUGUUUACAGAACUUUGGAUUAUCUUGAAAUUGAAGAUUGUUAAGCAUCUUGUUUCCACUACUGUAUGUUUUAUUGAAAUAAAAUAUUAUCUGCUGAACAAAA